AUGUGGAACAAACUUGAUCUACUUCUAGCAUGCCUUCUGUUGCUGAAUAGUAGCGGUAGAAGCACAGCGUUUGCUCCCAUCAGCAACAAGAACAAGAAACUACUACAGAUUCCGGCAAAAACAACAUCAACCUCCAUCGGGGUGAAACUUGAUUUUUUGGAGCAAAAAACGCCUGAUGAUGCAGAAACUCGCAGAUUGUUGGAUUCCUAUGGUGAAAAGAGUCGGUUGUAUAGACGCAAUGUCUAUUCGUCCGCUGAUUGGGUCCGUUCGCGUCGACCGAAACGUUUUAGGAAUAACAUACGAACCACCUUUCAAUCCGGAUUGGUCCGACAACUGCAGCCAGAACUUACUGCGAUUGUGACAGUGAGUGUUUUGGUAGUCCUGUACAAUGAUUGUUUGGCCGUUGGUUAUACGGAUUUUGACGGGGUCAAACAUGCAGGUCUAGCACCCUUUUUACCGCCAUUGGAACUUCCCAUUAUUGCCUGGUCACUGACAACGAGCGCUCUAGGCUUGCUUCUUGCCUUUCGCACCAACGUGUCCUAUGCGAGGUGGAACGAAGGUCGAACGGCAUGGGGAAAGGUCAUUAAUGAUUCUCGAUCCAUUGCUCGAAUGGCUUGCAUCUGGUCCAAAUCCUACAAAAGCAUCAACGACGAAUCCUUGCAACGACUGGGAGAUGCCAUUUGUUCUUUUUCUAGGAGUCUGAUGAACCGGACAUUGCCACCCCAAGAGGAUGAAGCUAAUUUUGUCAUGUACACCUACAAAAAGAUCAAGGACCAAGCCUAUGCCAAAACGCUGAGACAGGCCAAACAUCGACCAACUGCAGCUCUGGCCGAAUUGACAUCGGCCAUUGUGGAUUUUCAAUUGAAUCCACUCCAUCAAGUUGAAGUGGAACAUGCGGUGACUGGAUUAUGCGAUGCCCUCGGUGCAAGUGAACGGAUUUUUACCAGUCCCAUUCCUCGGUUCUAUCCUCGUCAUACAUCACGAUUCUUGGCGUUUUGGUUGUUGACUUUGCCCAUUGGUCUUUACGAGCCUUUGAAUGAAAGUUGGAAUCAUUGGGCGGUCAUUCCCAUGACUGUGAUUAUUGCUUCCAUGUUGCUGGGAAUUGAAGAACUGGCCAACCAAAUGGAAGAACCCUUUUCUAUUUUGCCAAUGGAGAAAAUGUGUGAAGGAUCCAUUCGCGUGUCUGUCAUGGAACAAGUGGAGCGUAGCCAAAAGGGAAUACAGGCAGCAUUUUGUGGAGAGGAUAGUCAUUUGAUUGAUGCCAGUCCAGAGAAUAUUCGAACAUCCGUCAUUGCACCAGAGAAUCCCGAUCCUCACUGGCUGAAAGAAUCAUCAUCGUCAUCCCAAGUAGGACUACCCAGUGUUGUCAAUGGUGUCAAUGGUGUCAAUGGUGUAGAUGCAAGCGCCAUGUCACCGGAGCAGCCUCAUUGGAUGGGAACGGCCGAUGAUGCCUUUGCGCCUAAUCCGAAUGGAGAAUCAUCCUAUCAGAUUCACGCGCAAGAAGAAGAACCAAAAGCAGCAGAUCCAAAAACGGAACCAGUAGCCACGACUUUUGAAGAAUACAUGAAGAAUCGGAAUCAGGAAAGUCUAGAUACACGAUAA